GCCCAGCCCUGACCCUGCAGCUCUGGGAGAGGAGCCCCCGCCUGGGAUUCCCAGGAGUUUCCACUUGGUGACCAGCACUGAACACAGACCACCAGCCAUGGAGUUGGAGCUGAGCUGGGUUUUCCUUGUUGCUAUUUUAAAAGGUGUCCAGUGUGAGAUGCAGCUGGUGGAGUCUGGCGGAGGCUUGGUCCAGCCUGGCGGGUCCCUGAGACUCUCCUGUGCAGCCUCUGGAUUCACCUUCAGUAGCUAUGACAUGCACUGGGUUCGCCAGGCUCCAGGGAAGGGUCUGGAGUGGGUCUCAGCUAUUAGCAUUGGUGGUGGCACAUACUACCCAGACUCUGUGAAGGGUCGAUUCACCAUCUCCAGAGACAAUGCCAAGAACUCCUUGUAUCUUCAAAUGAACAGCCUGAGAGCUGAGGACACGGCUGUGUAUUACUGUGCAAGAGACACAGUGAGGGGAAGUCAAUGUGAGCCCAGACACAAACCUCCCUGCAGGGACACUGGGGAAAUCAGCUGCAGGGGUUGCUCAGGAGCCACUGAUCAGAGUCAACCCCAGAGACAGGCCCUGGUGAGGAGCCACCCCAUGUCUGUGCCCUUCCUCGGUGUCCGCACCGUGGGGUCUGCACUGAUCUGGGCUUCCCUGCUCAUCACCCUCGAUAUUAGUGUCCCUUGUGAAUCAGGUCCAGCUGUGGCUGCUCCACAUGGGCCUCUUCUUCCAUUUCCUGUUUGCAGAAGUCCUGUGGGCAGUGGAGGACCACCAGGAGGCGCUCAGGACACCUGGGGCUGCUCAGAACCACCACAGGUGCUCAGGACACCAGGGGGCGCUCAGGACCACGAGGGGGUGUUCAUGACACCAGGGGGCGCUCAGAACCACCAGGGGGUCUCAGGACAUGGUCCUGCAAACAUCACCUUCAUCCCAUCCUCUCCCUUCUCUAAGUACCACCGAGUGGGCUCUGCAGCUCCUGCUGGCCUCUGUGUGCUCAGCCCUGGGGCUCACUAG